GUAAGUCUUGACAAUUCUACAUAUUUCUUAUUAUUAAAUUCUGUUGGCUUUUCAUUACCCGCGGCAAAACUGGAACACGAUUAAUUUCAACUUUCGUUUUCACUUUUCAGUCAAGUUCAAGUGAGAAUAAAGUGAUUAAAACUGACUCUCUGACAGUUGUAGAAGUGCUGUGGUUAUGUGUAGAGGUAAUGAAGACAUUUGAUUUACAGUAAAUAUUAAAGAAGGAAAUAGUUCUUGAUUGUCAUAGUUCUUAAUUUGUCUUCAAAAUGGAUUUCGACCCUUCUGAAUUCUUAGCCAUGGCGAUGUCAGAAGAUGAGAACGCUGUGUAUACAGCACCAGACCUGCCUCAGCCUAUCCCACCUAUGGUUGAGUUCCCCUCUAACACCAUGGUGGUGGAGGGUGGACUACAGAUGGAGCAGGACAUUCAGAUUCCAGUGCCCACGUUCGAGACGCUAGAUAUACACAACCAACUGUUAUCCAAACAAACGGCCAGUCUCUCAGUGGAUGUGGACCCUCCCACUACAUUUGCUUCCGCUGGGCUGGAGAAAAUAACUGGAACUACCCCCCAACCGUCCCCUGCCGACAGAACGGCCAGUCCACACUGUACCAAGAAACCAAUACCGGCCUCGUAUGACGAAUCCAGGUUCCGCAAAGAGUUUUACAAUGGAGAUUAUGAGCGAGUGAAGCUGUUCCGGUUGCACUGCACCAUCUGUGACCAACACCUGGGGUGUGCCCCUUGGCUGACCGAGCGCCAGAUGAGGACUCACAAACUGCUGCGUGUGGCUGUCUGUCGCAAGUGUUUUGAUUUUUACGGCGAUAUUAACUUCCCACUGGAAGAUGGCUCAGAGAUAUAUUGCUGCUGGUGUGGCGAGGGUGGAGAAGUCUUUUGCUGCAGUUCCUGCCCAAAAAUUGUCUGCAAGAAAUGCAUAAAGCGCAACUUUGGAACAGAUAAGCUGAAAGAAAUAGAUGAAAAUGACAACUGGUGUUGUUAUGUCUGUAAGCCAGCAGAUAUUUGGCCCCAUCGAACUCUUUUAUGGGGCCUUCAACGUCUGGGGAAAGAAAUGAGAGUAAAAGUUGCUUCGCUACCAAAAGAAGAGAAGCAAGCCCGUCUUUCAAAGGAUACAUCUCAUUGCUGUCCAAAGAUGAAUGAGAAAUUCCCCUCUGUUAAUUUGCCCAUGAAAUCAGUGAUGUCAAAAAUACCUAUUUGUUUGAUUGCUAUUACUCAUAAGAUAAAUGUUAUCACCCAGCAAGCCACCAACAGUCCAUAUCCUGCACCGAAAAUGUCAACACCUCUAUUGAACAUGAGACAACAUCUUACUAAUCGGAUGGUCACUCCUUCUCCACCGUCCGCGACCAAUCAUUUCAUCAGAGGUCCAGUGCCAAGCCGCGCACCACAACACAGCGGUAGGAAGAUGAUCAUAGUCAGUCGCCCUGCUCCCUCGCAGUUAUCUCCGUACUUCCAAACUUCCACACCGAUCAAUCGGCGCCACCCAGUUAGGACUGCUCCUCAACAAAAUAUCACCCCUGAGUGCAUCGAUUUAGAGGACGACUCACCGUCACCGACACACGUAACUAGGACUCCCGUUAACGACAUAAGUUGGUUGGACAACGGUGUUAAACACGUGAAAGACACCUUAUUACCUGUACAAAAUAUGGUGAACCAGUUUUCUUCAAUUAGUAAAGAUUUAAAAAUGGACUUUAACAAACUGACGUCGUACUCGGAUAAAUUGUCCUACAGUAUUAAAAUCGCGAUUUGCAACUUGGCUAAAAUCAACCAAGAUCUGAUAGACGGCAGCAAGGAAUGUCUCGAUAAACAAGUGUCGUCUGUUGUCAGUGAUAUCCAGAUUAACAAUGUGUCAAACACAUCAGGAGCUGUUCAAGUGACCAGGUUAAAAAAGGUUAGAGAGACCGAGAACGAAACGGUGACCAGUACGACUCCUCAGAGUGUGUCAGAUCCUGCGGGGCCAAAAGUGGCAUCCCCGCCGACGACAGAUGACGACAUCGGGGAUCUCACACCUGCCCUACUCUGCGAGGCGGUGCUAGAAGUCGAGGGCAACAAAGAAAACGAGAAUCGUAACAAGCGUUCAACUCCUCCUGUAAAAAGAAACGUAGCUUUCAAACGAAGUGGGCCUUUUAGUAAAACAAAAGCAUUACCAGCUAAAAACAGUUCUCAAACGAAAAUUGAUGUAAUUAAUUUAAUUGAUGAAGAGGAAGAGAGCAAGUUUGAUGAUGCGUUUUAUUGUAAAAAGUUCAAUAUUAAGCCGUGUAAAGUCUUAAUACACAAAUACAGGCUGCGUAGCAAAGGGAAGCCAUAAAGUUUUAUACUAAACAAUCUGUAUAUAGUAGAAAAUAUGUUUGAACAAUUAAGUGCUACUAAAAAUUGUGAUAAUUGAUUUGUUUACCUGUUAUGACGGAAACAUAAAUUAAGUGAGCUAAACAAAUCAAACAUGUGUUAUUAGUUUCACUCAAGAGUAGUAUAUUUUAAUAAGCUGUUUUUUAUGUUUUUCAAUUGUAAAAAAAGGCAGUAGAAUCAGCAAUAAUUUUACAACAUAAUACUUCAGAAUUUACACAGUAGCAGUUUAAUUUAUUGUAAAAUCCUUAAAUUAAAUUUUAUUAAUUUUUUUAAACUUCUUUUAAUAAUUACUUGAUACUUGCAAAAUAUUUUAAUCCACAGCCAUGGACAUUAUUCAGUACAUUACCUCAAGUUGUGUACAUUUUGAAGCCUACUAAAAAUACUUCAGUAGUACAAAAUGCAAAGAAGCUAAAAAUUAAAAAAUAAUGUAUUAUUUAACCAAUUAUACUGUAUAACCAAUACGUCACAUAUUAUUACUACUUUUAUUGUUGUAAUUAAAUGACCAAGUUAUAUAGAUUUCCAAUCACUGGUAUUUUAUAUUGGGUGAAAUAGAAACCAAGUAAAGUUUAUAUAUAUUCACCUACCAUGUUGUAGUAUCAUUUACUGAAAUGAAGAUUAAAAGUCACACAUCAUAACUGUAACUGACUUGACUAACGGAAGAUACCUGAAACUUUUCUAAUUUGUUCUAGAUGCAGUAUAUUACCAUCCUGUUCUCAAUUUUAACUCAAGGCAAUCCUGGCAAUUGCCCGGGCAGUAUUAGCAUAAUUUAUUAUUUUGCCACUGUUUCAUGCUGCUGUCUAUUUAUAAUCUAAAUAUUGUAGGCCUUAUUGUAAAUAGUGUUUUUUAUGACCGUUAUAUAUAUUUCUGUAGUGUAAAAGUAACAGGGAAAGGGGGAGUUGUCUAUAGAUUGUGUGCAAUGUGCCAUAUGCAACUGAUUGCCCAGGCAGUCACAGUAUUAAAGAACAUAACUGGGUCAGAACAGUUCAAAAUCCACAACCUCCUAUGAAUUUUUGGUUUUUUGCUGUUUCAUGGGUCAAAUCAUGGUAUACAAAAGUUAUUUCUACAUAAAAACUAGUUAGUUUUGUCCUGUCCUGUCACGAAGAUUGCACAUGUGUAGGUACAGUACCUUAUUUAAACUAAAAUUACUUUUCUAGACAUAGUCAAAAUUAUUUUUUUUUUAAUUUUUGAGAUUGAAUUUUGCCACAUACAAGAGCCACUCUGAAAGUUUAGAGACCUAUGAAGAGUUUUUUGCUAGACUUACCAAGGCAUGUUCAAUGUACCCUCCAGUUUUAAUGCACUUUUAAAGUCGGGUUUUCCACCCAUUCAAUAGAAGCGAAGACCACGCAAAUGUUUUAUUAGAUUGAAGAAUAAGAAGUCGCUAGUAGUGAGAUCAGGUUAAUAAGAGGGAUGCGAAAAACUGCAAAGUUUUUUAGCAGUGUGAGAAGAGGCAUUUGAUGCAAAAGUAAAUCGUUAAUGUGUAAGACCUGAAGAACUUCUGGUAAAUAUUGUUCAGUGUACCAACUUGUAACAGUCCUUUGUCCCUCCAGCUGAAUAGCCUUCACCAAUUCUGUACUCUUGAAAAUACAGCUUACAGUACGGUACUUUCUUUGCUGAUCGUUGUUUCUUGACCAUUGAUUGGGGAUGGCUUGUGUUGAUACACAUGCUCAAAUUGGAAUGUCAAAAAAUCGCAAGAACAUAUCAUCACCAGUGAUAAUUUUGGAAAUAGUCCGAUGACCACCAUUAUUAAGCAGUUGGAAUGUCUGCUGGCUAAUUCUCUUACGUUCAGCUUUUUUGCUCAUCUGUCAAAUCGUGAGGUACCCAUAAAGAACAAGUUUUCCUGUCUCUUCUCCUCUCUAUUAAUCGCUUUGCUGUGGAUUUAAUCCCUGGUGAAUCUUAAAUCGUUACAUAAAUACAGUGCUGUCCUCUUGGAUCAUAGCGCACAUUUUCUUGAGUAACAGUGGAAUGUGGCCUUCCUGAUCGUUUGUCAUCUUGAAGCGAAUUGCGGCCCCUUCUAAAUUCCAAAUACCAUCUAUAAACAUUACUACGGAAUAGUGCUUGAGAACCAAAAUCAUAGUUUGAAAAUGCUGUCUUCAUGAAAUUGAUCUUUCCGAACACAGUUGGGAAGUACACGAUCAACCAAAUUUACUAUCAGGAGCUGAUAAGCGCUCAAUCAGAAAAUAAUAAGAUCAUUGCAGUUUGCAUUGUCUGUCAGUAUCUCAAAACUGCAGGGUGACCCUCUUAUUAAGUACUUCAUUACAUGGCUUUGCCGCAGCUAGAGCAUAAUUAAUUGGGUUUAUGUUAAUGUUGUCUAAAAGGGUUUGUUAUUUAACCCCAGUGCAUCUUUUGGCACCAUCACAGCCAAUCGACUAUAUAAUCGUACAGAGAUAUUUACCAGCCUGCAUUUUAAAAUAUUGUACAAAAAUAAAAAACUUUCCAAGUUAAUUAGAAACACUCAUCAUAAAUUGUUUACAUUGUAUAAAAUAACAACAAACCUUUUACUAACGCACCCACAACUACAAUAUUUCUGGCCCACUAUUUUGCGCUCUGUACAGACAAAGUAAUUGUUAGACAAGUACCAUUAUUUUUACUUUAAAAACCAGAAUAUGUUGACAUAAAAUGUAAGUAAAAUCUUAAAAUGCAUUGUAAAUACCAGUUGGUCAUCAUAAACGGCAGCAGGCAUUGCGUUUUAAAAUGUUUACGAUACUUUUGCUAUAUCCUGUCAGUUUUACCACCACCAAAACUUGUGCGUCUGACAAUCAAUUCCUUUCUCAGGAGAAUUUUCACUGUUGAUUUCACAAAAAAUAGGUUGUGUUUUGCAAUACUGUGUAUACAAUACAAAUUGGCCUUCGCUCCUGAACAAUAAGUCGGCCUUUUGGGUAACCACCUGGAAAAAACAAAAAAAUAUGUUGUGUAAAGUCAUAAAUUUAGAAUGAAUUAAAUUCUCUCCUUAGUGAGAACAUAACUACUUGAAAUGAAGGGUUAAAACAUUUUAUCUUCCAUUUCAUAUUUAUUAAAUUAUGCAAAAUUUCAGGAAUUUGUUUCUGAAAUUGCAUUGUAUUCAGUUCUUUAAGCAAUUUAAUAUCAUACUAAAUUUGUUUUCAUUUAAGCAUAUAAAAUCAAACAAUAAAAAUCUUUUUGGUAUUGUAGGCCUAAAAUUAUUCGGUAUGCCAUUCACCUUUCAUUUCACGUAUUCUUUCAGUACACACAUUAUAUACGCACACCUUAUGUAAUUUGAAUAGAAUAGAGAAUCGAUUUCAUUGGUUAAGUUCACAAAGUAUCUAUGAAAUUGAGUUUAAAGAUGUCUUUAUUAGUCAUUAAGCAACAUAGUAAAGCAUUGUUGAAGCUGCUUAAGUUUUAUUGUUACAGGUAGACACUUUGUUAGUGUCAUCUCAUUUUUAACAAUAAAAUAAUUGUUAUAAACAACAAUUUUGGUUCAUUGUUUGUCUAUGUACCACUAUUUUUGCUAAAAUAACAAAUAUUUUGGGUCUCCACUACAUUUUUUUCAGUUUCAUAAAUAUCUUUGGGUAUAGAAUGUAACUGCAUUAAUUCCAAACUUUUUUCUCUAUUGUAUGUUAUGAAUUUCUUAUCUAUGAUGUAAAUUAUUAGUGAGUAAAACAAUUCCCCAAUUACUAUGAAUAAAGUGACAAACUAAACUGAAGUGGUAUUUACAUGUUUAUAGAUUGUAUAACUUGACAUAUGCAUUAAAAUGUAAUAUUGAAAGAAAGUAAUAAUGAGUUAUAAAAUUAUAGUAGUUGCUUAACACAUGGCCUUUGUAAUUUUUCUUUUGUAAAAUGGUACCUAUUUUAUGUAUGUAACUUUCCAACAGCAAAUGCACAAUAUUGAUUAAAAAAACUAAAAAUAUUGAUAUGGAACUAAAAAUUAAAGAUAUGCAUUUAUAUCCUAGUAGUUAUGUGGUCAUAUAUUGUUUUGUUGCAUUGUUAUAUAUACUGAUGUAUUUUUUUAAUUUGCUUUAUUAAUAAAGUUGAAGUGUUUAUAUUGUUACUUCUAGUUUAAGUUUAUAUUUUACUGCUUUAGAAAUAAAACAUUUUAGCAUUAUUUUUUUACUGUUUUGUAUGAGUGAUUGAUUAUUAACAUUGCAAAGUAUAAAUUUUUGGGCUUUAAUUUAAUUCUUAUACACUAUUGUUGAACCCCACAUUUGCCUGUUUAGGUUUCCUACGAUAGCAUAACUAUUUCCUUGUUAUUUAACUAGUUAUUGUUAUACAAUUUCGUUAUUAAACUGCAACAUUGGAGCCCCAUGGCUCCUAACACUU